AUGUCUGAACAAGACAUCCAUCCAAAUAAAUAUGGUGAACUUCGAAGUAUCUAUAAAUACUACAUUGAUUCAUAUAUUGCAUUGUAUCAGCUGAAAACCGAAAACGAAGGAGAAUUAAACAAGAUAUAUAAAACGAUCAAAACAGAAUUGAUUGAUUCAAAUAAACAUCCUCCUCAAAUAAUUAUACGAGACGUUUUAAAUAUCAUUCCGUAUAAUAAUCGCUAUACAAAGUCAUAUUUGACUCUCGCCAAACUAAUAUCUGAUGAUUAUCAUGUCAAAGAAGCCAAUAGAGUUGAUCUCAUUUCAAACUACUUGUUUUAUAAAGAAUAUGGAAUUAAAUUAGAUAAAUAUGAUGAUUUCGAAAAAAUUAAAACCGAAAAUCUUGCAAUUCAUACAGAAAAUACAAUUUACAGAGCAAUUAUGUAUAAUGACUUAGAAAAAUUCGCUUUCUUCAUUGAAAGAGAAGAAUUUAAUGAAGAUCAAAAACUUAAAAGCACUUUUUAUCCAUCCACUGAUAAAGAAGGAUAUUCAUUACUUGAAUUAUGCUGUUACCAUGGAGCAGUUGAUUGUUUCAAGUUUUUAAGAACGAAAUUUCAAUCAGAAAUAACUCAAACAUGUUUAGGAUUUUCAUUUUUAGGAGGAAAUGCAGAGAUCAUGAGUGAAUGUUUGAAACAUCAAAAACCAAAUAAAUAUUGCAUGGAAUAUGCAAUUAUAUCACACAACAUUGACUUUGUUACAUUCUUGAUGAAUGAGUACAAUAUAGAGAUCGAAUUAUUUUAUUGCGGAGGUUUUAGAAAUCUUGAAUCAUUUUUAGUUUAUUUCGAUCAAACUAAUAACGAUAACGAAUGCUUUCUUCAUUCAUCACGUUUUAAUAUUCCAUCCCUUUGCAAAUAUUUCCUUUCUCAUGGUGCAAAUAUCAAAGAAAAAAAAUAUUUUCGGAAAAACUGCUCUUCAUUUUGCAGCAAAAGAAAAUUGUAA